AUGCAGGCACGAGCUGGAGGCACCAAUGCGCUGCACACAAUUGUCACCAAGGGAUUCACAAGGGAGCAAGAACAAGAACAGCUCGUAGAGAUGCGUUUGUGGAGGCGCAGCAAGCACACUGACAAUCACAUUGUUGCAAAGGGUCCCUUCUCUGCAAAGGUGCAAGCUCAACAAAACACUACCAGCAGCAGUUCCAGUGAGAUCAUCCACCCAGAUGGCUUGGCAACUUCCCCAACAACUCAUAUUGCCAAAUCUAGUAAUACUGGUAGGAAAACCCAAGCAAACGCCACUGACAGCAGCAUGCAAGCAAUCAGCAAUCAUAGCCACCAAGAAAAUGUGUUGACCAACAAUGAACGGGCACACUCGAUUUCGACCAACACAUCAGCUGCAAAGCAACCGAAAAAUGAACUACAGCCGAAGAAAAAGGAAACACAAGACAGCAGCGAACGACACACUUCUGCGUUGUCAUCUGAAAAUCCCAAAGCACCAGUGCAGGAGAAACAGAAACCGCAACAUCAGCAGCAGCAGCAGCAGCAGCAAAAGCAAAAGCAAUCAACAAUCAGCACCAAUUCUACCUCAAGCACCGGAAGACGCCCCAGCAUGAUCAUUCACAUUGGACCUUCCAAGACUGGUACCUCCACUAUCCAAAGAGAAUCCAUUUCCUUGCAACCGUUUCUCACUCGGGACAAUUUCGUCUACAUUGGCAAAUUUGCAGAAAGCAAGUACCGAAGAGCAAGCAAAGCCGCCAUGCUGCUAAAAAAUGAUGGCUGUUUUCAAGAAGCAGCUGCGGCUUGGAAGUACAACAAUUCCAAUUUUAACGACACAGAGUGCUGGAUGGGACGCAUGUCAGGCAUCAUGAAGUACUACCACCAAAACAUCAGCAUGAUCCUUUCAGAUGAAGGAUACAGCUACAAGGGUCGAUUUGACAAUCACACAUACUAUCAAUUGCUUAGAGUUGCCUUUCAAGAUUGGAAUGUUGUUGUUGUCCCCACAUAUCGGCGUUAUGCUGAAUGGCUGCUCAGUGCUUCCAAGGAAGUCAACCGCAAAGGCUGCUUGAACCCAAAUGCUCCCUGGAAACACAAUGAUGGAAAGAAAUGCAAGGAUUUGUGGAAAAUGAUGGAUCGUGAUAGAAAAGCAGAACAUUUUCGAGCAUACCAUUACAGAAACUUGGAUGCUUCACUUCCAGCAUGGCGUGGUGCUGGGUUUCCCAUAGCACUUCUGGAUUUCCAUGGGGAACAGCACCUCACAUGCAGCUUGUAUUGCAAUCUGAUCACAGACACACCACAGACAUGCCAAGAAUGCCAAAAAAGACCAGCCAAUCAGCUCAAUUCUCAAUCUUCUUCUUUGACUGCCUAUAAUGAUAUUGUGUUUGUGGCAGAAGAAAUGGGACUCCUUCCAAAUUCCACACUACAGAAAUCACGGUUUGAGGCAACAAUUGAUCUAGCACAUUAUCAUGGGACCACUAUGGGAAAGAGGCUUGGUGAUCUUCCUUUGAUUUGUCCCAAGCAAUCAGAUCUUGAACAUUUACUCAACAAGUCACUGGCAUUUGAGCGCAUGGUGCUCCCUGAGAAGCAUCUUGACCUACAACAAGCACAUACUACCUCCUUUUGGGAGAUGGCCAAAGACAGGAAGGACUUUUGCUCAGUGGAUACAACCACCCUAUUGGAGGGGAAGGUUUCAUGGGAACAAGUGCAAGAAGCCAUGAAGGAGACAAAGGAAUGGUCUAUCCAAUACUAUUAG